AUGCCUCACGCCUUCAUCGACGCGGCCGUCAGGAUUCUCCAUGUUAAUAAGUUGCUAGAUGCCCGUCGGAAUAUGCUCUUGCAAGAGGUGGCCGCGACAAGCAUUGGAUUACUGAUAGGUGCGUUUCUCUUCGGCAAAAAAGGGGCUUUUGCCGGCGCGCUGAUGGGUGCCAUCCUUGCUUACGAGCCGACCCCGGAUUAUAAGAAAGUUCUGGCUCGCGUGAAGGCACUCGAUGAUGCUCAGAAGGAGACACUCGCUGGACUGCUCCGACACCAAUGCGGCGGCCAAACCCUGGAAGAAUUCGCCCUCUUCUCCGAGAACCCCGACAACGCCCAGGACAUCUUCUCCACGAUCAACGACUACCUGACGGCCAUCGACAAU